UUAAGUCAAAUGUUUUUUUUACAGGAUAUCCAAGAAACAUCAGGAUGAAAACAUUCUCACUACCACUGAUAGCCUUAGUCCUUGCAGUAGCCCACUGUCAAAUACAUUACGUCCCAGCGAAUGUUUACGUACCGAUAAAUCCUUAUCAAAUUGGAUGGAAUAACACCUACAAUAAUGUAACGAAAAACGAAUCUUGGACUGGUCCUGGACACAUCUUCUGGGGCAGAAUAGGACCAAUGGACAGACUUUUAUUCAACCAGAUAUACUUCAAAGACAGCCAUUGGUGGACCUCAAGAGAAAAAAUCCUGGAGUAUCCGAACGAUGUACACUCUGGUUACGUCAGGCAUGAAACAAUUUCCGCCAUACAUAUCAUCAAUAAAUUCUAUCAAGGAAACCACGCCAACGCAUCCAUAUUGUCGGGAGGAGUUGGGAGGCAGUACGUGAAGAUAAGAAUGGCUUCGAAAUGGGGUUAUGGCUUUAGAUUUUUGGUCCAAAUAUACGGUCAUUGAAACGAUGUAUGAAAUGUAAUCAUGUAUUAAAAGAAUAAAACCUAACGCAACUUCUGAAA